UUCUGGGAGAAGAAAUUCGCGCUUUCUGAAGUUAAACCGAGUCCAGUGAGCGAUUUAGCCGACAGACUGGACAAAAUGAUGCGAAUGGAAGAAGCAGCUCGACCCCUGCCACGUGGUGCGACUUCCGAGGUGAUUGGCUACUGGCUUCAGCGUACUGUGGACGCAUUCAAACCCGCCUCUCUGGGCCAUCACCCAAUGAGGGAGCUGGGUCAACGCCUAGAAGAGCGAAUACGAGCCUGGAAGACCUACGAAACUAAGCUCAAUGAGGCUGUGGCACACAUGGAGGAAGUCUUCAGUCAUCUCCAAGGUGACGAAGCAGGCCACAAGAAGAUGGAUUUGGAGGUAAUUGAAGAGAUGCUUCAGGAUGCAGAGGCAGCAGCUGCUGCCCUAGGAACUCCAACUCAGCUCAGUUCAGUGGCUAUUUCACGACGUCAAUUUGAGGAAUUAAAAGCGGCGACGGAAGAAAAAGCUAGGGAAGUGGCUCUUUUAGAAGAGGUGGUUAGAAAGAGAGUUCAAAAAGUGCUAACAUCCAUUUCCAACUGGAAUGGCAGAGCUCAGGAUCUGCUCACGGUGCCAGAACAGAUGCCGAGGAAGUUGACUGAGAAGAUAAUCGCCAUUCGAGAACUUUUGGCCGAAACGGACCCAGUAAGUUGGGAGUGA